AUGGCGGGCGCCCGGGACCCGCUGCGCCGCCCCCCCCGCGGCCCCCAGGAUCGCCCCACGGUGCUGACCCGCGGAGAUGGGGGGGCCCCUCGGCGCGCUCAGGUGCCACCCGAGGGGGGGUCACGCCCCCCCUUCCUGCACAUCCAGCACCCCGGGGUGCUGGUGAUGAGGACACGGCUCCCCCCAGAGCAUGGUCUCCCCAGUUUUGAGUGGGGCCCCAAAGACCCCCCUGGCCGUGAUCGAGCCCCCUCACCCGCCCCCGCCGGCAGCGACCCCCCCCAGCUGCCCCCGAGUGCCGCCCAGCCCCCCAGGGCACCCCGCUGUGACCUGGGGGAGGUAGCGCAGUGCCUGCGGCAGCUGGAGAGGAUCCAGGAGCUGGAGCAGCAGCUGGCCCGCGAGCGGCACCGCCUGGGGCUGUUGCAGGCGCAGCUCAUCCGGAGGAGCCCCCCCACAGCGGGCCCCCCCGGGAAGGGCCAGGCUGGGGUACCCCCAAUUUGGGGCCACCGCCCCCCCCCCGAGGGGGAGCCUGAGAUCCCGCUGCACCCCCCAGGGCACUCCUGGGACCACGGGAGGCUCUGCCCAGAACUGGAGUACUACCGGCUCAGCACUGCCCGGCCCCCCUACACCUACGCCAUGCUCAUUCGCUGGGCCAUCCUGGAGUCCCCCCAGCGCCAGCGCACCCUGGGCGAGAUCUACCACUGGUUCAGCCGCAUGUUCGGGUACUUCCGCCACAACACCGCCACCUGGAAGAACGCCGUGCGUCACAACCUGAGCCUGCACAAGUGCUUCGUGCGAGUGGAGAACGUGCGUGGGGCCGUCUGGACGGUGGACGAGGCUGAAUUCAGGCGCAAGCGGGGUCAGCGCUACCCCAGGGACUGCGACCUGAAGUGCUUUAUGCCCCCCCGGAGCUGAGGGGGGAGGUCCCACCGCCCCCCCCAAAACCACAGUGGGGGGGCAGAGAUGGGGGGGGUGUCCCUCCAAAUUCCCCCCAAAAGGAACAUGAUGACACCCCAAAAACCACUGUGCUGAGACUUUAUUGAAACCAUAAAGGAA